AUGCAUCUCUCUUCUCAUACCUGGAUGCGGCCCGAGCCUCUUGAGCAGACCCUCCAAAGACUCGUCCGUAUCGGUUACACCAGCAUUGAACUAGCCGGCGAACCCGAUCAAUUCCCCAUUGACUCAACCCGCUAUCUUCUUCAAAAAUACGACAUAAAAUGCUGGGGAACCGUCACAGUCAUGCACGGCAAGCGAAACCUCCUCGCCUCAGAUCCUCAACAACGACGAGAUACCAUCGAAUACAUGAAGCAAGUCGUCAAUAUGUCCGCUGAGCUCGGCGGCCAAAUCACUACAGUCGUUCCUAGAACAGUUGGCACUAUUGUUCCUUCUUCUACACCGGAGAAUGAGUGGCAGUGGGCUGUAGAGGGUCUUCGCGAAGUUGCUGCUUUUGCGCAGCGGAAGGGUAUCAAGAUUGGUCUUGAACCGUUGAAUAGGUUUGAGACGUACUUCCUCAAUCGCUCAAACCAAGCUCUCGCCCUCGCGGAUGAGAUUGGAUACGGCGUUGGUAUCGCCUUUGAUCCAUUCCACCUUGCGCUCGAGGAGAAGGAUCUUAUCGCCGCUAUUCACGCAUGCAAAUCGCGCAUUGUUGAUUUUCACGUAGGCGAUAAUAACCGACUCGCGCCAGGGGAUGGAUCUUUCGACUGGCCCAAUAUCAUGAAAGCUCUCGCUGCAGCUGGGUAUGAUGGUGGGUUGGCUGUUGAGUUUAUGCCCUCUAUUGAUCGAACGCCUGUUGGGGAUUAUGGCAAGGCUCAGCUGGAGACGGGAGUGGUGGAUGUUACACCUGAUCAAUUACAGUUUAUUAUCGAUCACGGGUCAGGGUUGCUGUCUGAGACUUAUUACACUGAACUUUUGAGGAGAUCGGCUGAGACUUUGGCACCAUAUGUUGAGAAAUAG